AUGGCUGCCCCUCCUCCAAGUUACUGCUUCGUGGCCUUCCCACCGCGUGCUAAGGACGGGCUGGUGGUGUUUGGGAAAAAUUCAGCUCGGCCCAGGGAUGAAGUUCAGGAGGUCAUGUAUUUCUCAGCUGCUGAUCAUGAACCGGAGAGCAAGGUUGAGUGCACUUACAUUUCAAUCGACCAAGUCCCCAGGACCCAUGCCAUUGUGAUAAGCAGACCUGCCUGGCUUUGGGGGGCAGAAAUGGGGGCCAACGAGCACGGAGUGUGCAUAGCCAAUGAAGCCAUCGAUGCCAGAGAACCUGCCACGGAGACGGAAGCCUUACUGGGGAUGGAUCUGGUCAGGCUUGGUUUAGAAAGAGGAACGACAGCUAAAGAAGCCUUAGAUGUCAUCGUCGCCUUGUUGCAAGAACACGGGCAAGGUGGGAAUUACUAUGAAGACGCAGACUCCUGCCACAGCUUCCAAAGCGCAUAUCUGAUCGUGGAUCGUGAGGAGGCCUGGGUGCUGGAGACCGUGGGGAAGUACUGGGCUGCCGAGCAGAUCACAGAGGGAGUGAAGUGCAUUUGCAAUCAGCUUUCACUCACCACUAAGAUCGAUGCGGAGCACCCUGAACUCAGGAGUUAUGCUCAGAGUCAAGGCUGGUGGACGGGAGAGGAUGAGUUCAAUUUUUCUCAAGUUUUUUCUUCAGCUGAUGACCAUCUAGACUGCUGUGCAGGCAAAGACAGCAUAGACAAGAAAGAAGAAAGCAUCACUGUGCAGACUAUGAUCGACAUCUUGCGGGACAAAGCCAGUGGAGUCUGUGUAGACUCCGAGUCUUUCCUUACCACAGCCAGCGUAGUGUCUGUUCUGCCUCAGAACAGAAGCUCGCCAUGCAUUCACUACUUCACUGGGACCCCAGAUCCUUCCAGGUCCAUAUUCAAGCCUUUCAUCUUUGUUGAUGAUGUAAAACUUGUCCCCAAAGCACAGUCUCCUUGUUUUGGGGACAACGACCCUGCCAAAAAGGAGCCUCGGUUCCUGGAGAAGCCAGACCGCCGGCAUGAGCUGUACAAGGCCCACGAGUGGGCACGUGCUGUCAUUGAAAGCGACCAGGAGCAAGGUCGCCAGCUGAGAAAGACCAUGCUGGAACUAGAGAAGCAAGGCCUGGAGGCCAUGGAAGAAAUCCUGACCAGCUCUGACCCCCUGGACCCCACCGAAGUGGGGGAUCUUUUCUAUGACUGUGUUGACACGGAGAUUAAGUUCUUUAAGUGAAGUAAGCAUUCCCUUUCCCCUUCUUAUUUAAACGUUCCCACCUUACUAAAUUACCAGCAAAACAAGCCACUCUCCUGUGUGAGUAAAAUGAGAAAGUCCAGAUGUGUUAAAGUCACACUCUUGUGUUCUGCCUUGAAGCUCAACAACAACCCCUUCUCCUACCACGUAGCUUCCC